ACCUGAGUUUUUAUGUAAGCGACGAGCGUCCGCGGAGAAAGUCCGUGGACGACUCGCCACAGCAGAGAGCAAGAGUCACGUCAAUGACGCCGAAGCUUUAUGUUUUGAAACGACGACAUCAACAACAACAACAACAUGUCGCUCCAGCAGCCCGCAGAGGACGCGGCUUUCUUUGUGGGCGCCGCCCCCGAGCAAGAGCAGCAGCAGCAGCAACUCGUCCUGCGGAAAGCCAACGCGUUCGCCUCGGAGGACUCGCUCAAGGAGGCCAUUUACUGGUUCUCGGUGGCCUUGCGCUGCGGGCCCGUCAGACCCGAACAGCUGAGCACUUUUGUGGACUGUAUAGUGCGGAAGCUCAAGAUAAAGGCCGCCUCCGGUUCGGACUCGCCGUCGGAGCAGGGCCAGCAAGUGUUCGACUGCCCCAAUUGCCAGAGCUUCUUGGGGGACCCCGUGACGCUGGCGUGCGGACACUCGUUCUGUAAGAGGUGCGUGACACGGCGGCUGCUCUCCCGCUGCAAGGUGUGCCAAGAAGCGGUGAGAGGGGACGGCAAGCCCAACGUGAUUCUGGGCGGACUCUUGGCCAAAUGCUUCCCCGGCGAGGCGAAACGCUCCAAAAGACGCGGCCAAGUGGACCAACUGUGCGCGCGCAAACGCUACCGAGACGCCGUCAAGCAAGCGAGCGACUUGAUCCGAGCAGAGCCGGAAACGACAAAGGAGGUGCGACUCUCGCGGGCAGAGGCGUACACGUCCCUGAAGCGGUUUGAUCUGGCUUUGGAGGACAUCGAGUUUUGUCUCGCGUCCGGCUGUUCUGCUGAGGCUUUGUUUCAGAAAGCCACGGUGCUGCGUGAGACGGGCCGAGCGGACGAGUCUCUCCAGGUCUUCCUCAAGUGCCUCGCUGUGGACGAAGACUUCCCCUGCGCAAAGACGCAAGUAGAAAAGAUUCUUUGUGACCUGCUCUCUUCGGCCGAUGACAACGUCAAGGUCGGCCUGAGGGAAACGGCGCAGAACACGUCGCCCCUCUCGCGCAACAAAACCCUCGCGGCCGGCGCCCAAGUCGGGUCGCGUAGUCCGGUCCGAGGACGAAGCCGACAGCGGGUCUGCGCCGCGUCGGCGCACCGGCCAACGGACGAGCGGGAGAAACGGCGCGAGAGUCUCGAACGUCCCGGUCUGAGUCGAGCUCGUUCCCUGCGAUGUCACGGCCCCGGCUGCGGCGAGCGGGCUCUGAAGAGGGUUCGCUCCGCCCCCCUGCUCGGGGAACGGGAGGAGACCAGCCUGCUAAAGAGGAAGUUGUCCGUGUCGGACACUGAGCCUUGCGUCGUGGCCAGCGGUAGUAGCAAGUAUAAAAAACAAGGUGUGAAAACCUCCCCAAAAACUGUAGCCAAAGCCAAAAUGUAUCCAAGCGUUGUUGAGGACCUCAUUGACGCCAAUGACCUCGAGUGCUCUCUCUGCCUGAGGUUGUUCUACGAGCCUGUGACGACGCCGUGCGGCCACACCUUCUGCAAAAGCUGUCUGCAACGCUCUUUGGACCACACGGCGCAUUGCCCCCUGUGCAAAGAGAGCCUGAAAGAGUAUCUCGCGUGUCGGAAGUACACUGUGACAAGCGUGCUGGAUGCGCUGAUCAAACAGUAUUUGCGUCGGGAGUAUGAGGAGAGGUCCAAAACUCACCUGGAGGAGACCAGAGAACUUUCGGACUUGACAAAGAACGUGCCCAUCUUCGUGUGUACCAUGGCCUACCCCACCGUGCCUUGCCCGCUGCACGUAUUCGAGCCGCGUUACCGCCUCAUGAUCCGCCGCUGCAUGGACACGGGCACGCGGCAGUUCGGGAUGUGCAUUAACGAUCCCCACAAAGGGUUUGUAGACUACGGAUGUAUGCUGAUCAUCCGGAGCGUCCACUUCCUGCCCGACGGUAGAUCCGUGGUGGACACCGUCGGAGGGAAGCGCUUCCGAGUCCUGUCCCGAGGAAUGAAGGACGGUUACAGCAUUGCCGACAUUGUCCAUUUGGAAGACGCUCGGGUGGAGGACGGAGAAGAACUGGAGAGCCUCCAAGAGCUCCACGAUGCCGUGUACAAUCAGGCCCGGGUCUGGUUCCAGAACCUCAAGGUCCGCUUCCACAACCAGAUCCUGCAGCACUUUGGACCGAUGCCCGAGCGAGAAGCUGACAUCCAGACGAUGCGCCUCUGUCGGCUUCUUCAAGCCGCGAUCUUCAGCUCUCGCUGGAGCGGUUCGCAGCCCGGUGUGAAGCGGCUGGGAUGAGAAUCGGCAACUCCAAAACUCGCAAAGGGUGGAUUACCCUCUCCCGGUCCGGAAUCGGAGCCUGGCCCGAGCGGAGCACUUCAAGUGUCUCGGGGUCUUGUUGACGAGCGAGGGAAGAACGCUGCGGAGGAUCGACAGGCGGAUCGAUGCGGCGACCGCAGUGAUGCCGCCUUUGCAUCGGUCUGUUGCGGUGAGGAAGGAUUCUGGAUUUAGCGAUCGAUUUCCGUUGCCACCGUCACCGAUGGGGAAGAAGAUGGCGGAUACAAGUGGCCGAAAUGAGUUUCCACCGCAGCCUGUCCGGGCUCUCCCUUAGAGAACGGCUGAGAAGAACUCGUUUGAACAAGUGCAACAUUCUGUACACAAUCUGUUGAGCGAGUGAGCAUCGCGAUGCGGGCAGGAUGAAGUCAGGAGCAUCGCUCGCUUUUAGGGACCGGGAGAUGCGGCAAAUUUUACAAACGGCUAACGAAGACUGAGAAAUUGCUUUUGGACAGUUUUUAAAACAAUACAAUACUGUUUAAAAGUUAAAAUUUACCGUUUGAUUGUCUUUUUUAUUACAGUACACAAACACAGGAAGUAUUUUUAGAGCAUAAACCACAAACGAGACAAAAUAUGUACACUUUGUUACAGUGUAUGCGAAAGCGCAUGCAAAAAAAUCUUUUUCAAGUAACAAAAAAAUUGAGACGAACGAAUUAACAGCUGCAAUCGCCAGCGACUUGGUGGGUGGAAGCGUCAACGAAUGCCGUCCGUUUUUAAGCGUGGCAAAUCAAUCUUGAACUCUGUUGUGAGUCAGUGUGACUCGUCUGUUUUGAAGGAAACUCAGUCCUUGAGGAGGAGGAGGUCCUACCUCAAGCGGAGAAGUUCAAGUAUUUCGGGGUGGAGCGGGAGAUCGACGGGCGGAUCGGUGCAGCGCCCGCGGUCAUGCGGACUUUGUAUCGGUCUUCCGUGGUGGGGAAGGGUUCUGGAUUUAGCGGUCGCUCUCCGUUCCAAGCCUCACCGAUGGUCGCGAGCUGGCGGUCGCGAUGGCGCAUACAAGCGGGCGAAAUGAGUUUCCGCCGCAGGGUGUCCGGGCCGUCCGUCCCUUAGAGAACGGCCGAGAAGCUCGCUCGUCUGAAUCGUGCCGCUGUUCCUCCGCAUGGAGAGGAGUCAGAUGAGGUGGCUCGGGCAUCCGCUCGGGAUGGCCCCCGGACGCCUCCCCGGCUGGCCUGGGAACGCCUUGAUGAAUUGUUGCAGCGCUAGUUUGAAUGUUUUAGGCUCGGAAGCGUUUGUUUUAGCAGCCCAAAAAAUGACGGCAUACUCCGGUGAUGUCAUGAAUGGAACGGAGGAUAGGACCUAAAAAUGCACGACUCCAAAACAAAUGGACAGUUUCAAAAAGAGGUUUAAUAUACGGGCAGAGGUCGGUACACAGGCGGGCAAUCCAAAACAAAGGCAACGGUAGGCGAGGACGAGAAUCGGAACGGGGUCGAGGCUUACUGCGAGUCUGCGACGUGGAAACAAAGAACGCUGGAACGCGACGACAAGGUGCAACCAGACACGAGGUUAAAUGCAGGGGGUAAUUGGGGUGAACGAGGCACACGUGGGGAAAACGCUCUCAGGAGCUGGUGUGUGCGAAACGGGGGGAAGGCAACAACCGGAACACACGCCCAUGACAGUUGAUGUGGCAAAUUAUGCGCGACACAGCGUGGCAGGACUCGACUCCAAUUUCCACUUUUCCAACCAUCCAUUUUCCGUACCGCUUUAUCCUCACGCGGGUCGCGGGCGUGCUGGCGCCCAUCCCCGCCGAUUCCGGGCGAGAGGCGGGUUGCGCCCUGAACCGGUCGCCAGCCAAUCGCAGGGCACGUGGAAACAAGCGACCCUUCGCACUCACAUUCACACCUACGGCCACUUUUAGAGUUUUCCCACUUUUCCACUUGUCCUUUUUUUGGAAAAAUCUUUUCUUGCUGUGUAAUUGAUGAUUUUGAUUGGAUGAUGUGACGAGAA